UCAAUAGAUAAGUCUGACCAAAUAAAUGUGCAAAUCGCAGGGGACCAGUCAACGGAAGGUGGCGCUGCCAAUCAAAAAUGGCUGUCUGCGAUCACUUCGUGCGUUUGUAAGAAGACUAAUUCGAGUUUAAGGAGCUUGAAUGGAGAACAUGACCAUAGACAAUUGGCUGUGUUAAAUUGUAUACUACAAGGACAUUAUCUCAGGCAUUAUGGCGGACGGUCAAGUCAUAGCUGGUGGAGUAAGCCAGCUUCCUGGUACAAAUGGUGGAGUUAUUGCCCCUGAAGGUUAUGAUCCUAACCCUCAACCAGAGGAAGAGGACGUUCCAAUGUUAGAUAUUAAUAUAAACAAUGUUGUAUGCAGCUUUAAUACCAAGUGUCAUCUGAAUUUGAAAAGAAUUGCCAUGGAGGGUACAAAUGUAGAAUAUCACAGACAACAUGGGAUGUUAAAUAUGAGAUUAAGAAAUCCUUACACUACAGCCAGUGUGUGGUCUUCUGGUAAGAUCACAUGCACAGGGGCCCUGAGUGAAGAGUUUUCCAAAAUAGCUGCAAGGAAGUUUGCAAGAAAAAUACAGAAAAUGGGAUAUAAAGUAAAGUUCACCAAUUUCCGUAUAGUGAACGUCCUUGGAACAUGUUCACUGCCAUUUGCCCUUGAUAUUACUAAAUUUUCCAUGGAACACAAGGAAGCCAGUUAUGAACCUGAGCUGCAUCCAGGUGUUACUUACAGAAUAAAAAGUCCCAAGGCUACACUGAAAAUAUUCUCCACCGGCAGUAUAACUGUCACAGCCCCACGGGUAGCAAAUGUACAGUCAGCAAUAGAAUAUAUAUAUCCAUUAGUGGCAGACUUUAAUGCUGGACCUAGAUCUGUAAAAACUUCUUCUAGUGUGAACAAUGUGAUGAACAAAAGACUACAGGCUGAGCGCAAAGUCGUCGAUGAUGAAUCGGAUUUUGACGGAAGUAGUAUGGAAGACAGUGACGGAGAUUUUGACAGUGAUGUUAGUCAUGAUUAAACGCGCGAAGUUAGUCAAAAGUUAAACAUCUGUGGUGAUUCGUAUAAUUGUGUUUCUUAUCGUUGGAGUCUUUGUUGUUACAAAAUAUUUGUACCGAGCGUCAUCGAAGUAAUAGAAUUUUCACGUUGGAUUAAUUUGUGAAAUAUCUUGUUCAUAAUUAUGCUUUGUUAUCGGAAACUUUGGGACCGAUGUUUUGGUGUGAUGUUGUUGAGAAAAUGUACGUGUUCUGUGUUAGUAUGAGUGGAUGUGUUAAGAUAUUAUCACGGUUAUUUCCUGCAUUGAAUUUUUGUAGUUGAACAUUUGUUACUUAUUUACUCUGUGGCUUUUUACAUGCAUAUGUAGUUACUGACAGAACGAUUUGUUGAAUAUAAGUGUACUGUGAAUGGAUUAUCAUUUAUAUGCUCUGUUAUUUCUUGUAUAUAUGAUGGAAAAUCUUGAAAAAUGUUUUUUAUAGGGUAAGAAUUUAGUAUGAAUAUAGUUACGGGCAUUUUUUAUACUUAAUAAAGUUAACACUUCUUUUACGCUAUUCCUGUCAAAGGAGACUUACCUGUCUUGACAUUAAUUCUAUUGUCGGUUAUUUUUAUGUAGAUUUGAUUGAAAAAAUGCAGUUAGAACAUGCUUCCAGAUUCAUGUUUUAAAUGUAUGUCGUUUAAACAAUUAAAACAUAUCAUUUUUAGCUAAAGUAUAAAUAUUGUGGUUUUUGCAAGUGCGAGUUAUUUGGUAUUCAUAUAAGUCACUUAAUAAUUUAGAAAUUACUGUGUUUUAAAGUAGGAAAAAUGGAAAUGCAGUCAAAUACAAAUGGCACAGUAUCCUAAAAUGCUGUUGAUGAUAAUACUUACAAAAUAUUGUUUCUCAUUCACUUAUCUUGGGACAUAUAGAUUUAAAAGAGUUGAACCUUAAAUAUUUUAAUUAAAAGGUAAGAAUUGUCUCUAUAAAAGAAUGAAUUUAUUAGAAUUUCACCUUGUAAACAACCUCACCUGGUUUUAUUUAAAGAGCCACUUGACAAAACAAUUUGGAUAAAACUUUUUAAAAAAGUUGAAGUAUGACAUAACAAUUUGAACACAUUGAAGUGCUAGUAUUUCUACAUAUUUUAUUUUUGCAAGGUAUAUUUGUAAAUAUUUUGUGUAUUUGGAUGUUAAUGAACAUUGAUAAGAUCAAGUCUUUUUACUUUAAGAUCCUUGAAGUUACAUGUUGUAUUAAAGGAACUCCGCUGAGGUUCCAAAGGCAUAAAAGUAUUUUGAAAAAAGUUGAAAAUCUUACAAAUCUGAAGUGAAGCACUUAAAAUGGAAAAAUCUUUGAUGGAUAACAAAGAACUAUACUCGAAUUAAGUUAAUUCCUUUAUUAGCCGGAUUUUAAUGAAAAGCGUUGCAAUGCUAAUUGGCCAUUUUUCACAAUAAAAAAGAUUAUUCUGAAAAAAAAACAGGGCGAGGGCAUGAUCUGAAAAUAUGCAUGACCUAAAUAAACAGGUACACAGAUCUCGGAUUAAAUACAUGUGUAUUUUCCUCCCAUCAUGUUAAAAAACCUCAGUGAAGUCCCUUUAAUGGGCGAUAUUCAUGUUUUUUUAAUAGUGCUUAUAUUGUACAGGGCUUUAUAUACAUGUAAUAGUGCUUACUCUUUAUGAUGAAUAAUUUGUUGUUUGUUUUUGCUUGAUUUUUUUGUUGUCAUGUGUAUUGUAAGACACAGUUGUACAUACAUUUAUAUUGAUAAAAUGCAUUUACUUCCUAAAUAUGUUAAGUCAUUGAGUGAUUUAGAAUGUUUUUUUCUCUACCGCGCAUCUGUCUUCUGGUAUUCCUACAAUUUGUUCUAAUAAGGGAUUAUAGACCCUUUUUUUUCAUCCUUUUGAUACUCCUUCUAUCCACCAUUACAUAUGAGCCGCGUCAUGACAAAACCAACAUAGUGGGUUUGCGACCAGCAUGGAUCCAGACCAGCCUGCGCAUCCGCGCAGUCUCAUCAGGAUCCAUGCUGUUCGCUUACCAACCCUAUUACAAGUAGAGAAAUUGAUAGUGAACAGCAUGGAUCAUGAUCAGACAUCGGAUCUGGAUACAUGCUGGUCACAAACCAGCUAUGUUGGUUUUGUCGUGACACAGCUCAUAUGUCUUGAAAUGUUUACUGAAAUAAUCUGUUCACAUCCGGAGUAUGUUCAAUGCUGUUUACUUUUACUAAUUCAUGCCUCAUUUUGUUUCUAGCCCGAGCUAAUCAAAUGUAUAUUACUUUCAAUGACAACAUUUUUUAUAUCGUCACUCAAAGACAUUUUUCCCCCCUUUCAUGUACAGUCAAAAAACUGUGAUAAAUAUGUAUAUAUACAAAACAUGAUGUGAGUGUAAGUUUUGAAAUAUCAUUUCAUUCUAUUUUUGUUCAUUAAGGGCAUUAAUUUUUGUAAUACAUUUUUCUUCACCUUAACAUAUUGAUUACUGAGUAACAGUAACAUUUUCAGAUAUUAUUAAACCCUUAACCUGCUGUUCAAAACAGUAAGUGAAGUUUUUAUCACUGAUGCUGUCUGACCAGGCUCUAUACUGUUGGCUGAAUGACUUCAAAUUUUCAUCUUGAUAUCCCCCCAAAAAAUGACAAUGAACAGUUCUAAAAAUAGAAGCUGGAUAAGUCCAUUUAAGAAAUUUAGCAGGUUUCGGGUAAAUGUUAAAUCAAAUUUAUCAUUAUGUGGUAUACAUUAAACCCGACACCGUCGCAGAUAUUUCUUAACACCCUGUGAAUGCUACACAUAAUAAAACUUUCCCGUGCCGCUAGCGUACAAACAAUUUAAAUUGUUACUGGCAUUGAAGGCUCGACAAUUGUGUUUUUUAGCAAAGCAAGGGUUAUGUGUCAUACUCAUGAUUUUUGCAAGUCAUUUUUGUAAAUUUUAGAUAAUUUCUUUGUUAUUUGAAUAAAUCACAUUAAAUUAAUAAAUGUGCUGUUAAUUGUGUUGAUGAAUUAAAACACAGGUGUUUAAGAUGUUGUCAGUUUGAAAAGAUACUGAUUUACUGUCAUUUAGCAAUAAAAUGGUUAUAUUUUAAAGAAAAGGUUCACCUGUACUCAAUUACUUAUUAUGUGAUAAUGUUUUAAAGUGAAGUGAAUUACCUUCCCUCAUACAGUAAAUUUACCUGUUUGGGCUUAAUUGAAUGCUAGUUCAAUGCAGCCUAUUUGUGCUUUAAUUUAGAAUUUUAUUGAUGGGGAUUUUGAAAGGUUCUUAACUUUGAGCUUUAGAGGACCUAUAUUACAUGUGUUAUAGAAAUGUGUUGGACAUUACUUGUAAGAGCAGUUAUUGGGUAAUUUAUAAGAAUUUUCAGUAUAAAUCUAGAGAUAUAGUAUUCCAACAGUUAUCAUUCAUCAAUUAAAAACAAUUGAUUAUUUGAAAAAGAAAAACAAGAAUGGGCUUUCUUGCUUCAUUUUUGAAACACGAUACAAAAUGAAACUUACAUUUUUCUGGUAUGUUUGUAUGUUAGAGAUAUGUUGAUACAAGAUUCAUUUUAUUUUGUGCAUUUUUCUGACGAAUUCCAUGUUCAUUUUUUCAGUUAUUUCAUUAAAGAGGUCAUUGCAAUGAUACAAUAAAGGUUAUAAUAAUGUAA